AUGGCUGCUGAGGCAUCUGGUGCUGUGAAGCAUCAAGGAUCAGGUUCAAAUUCUCCAAGAGCAAUGAGUCCAGCUCCGGCCACCCCACCGCUAAUUCCUCCUCCUGGUAUCGCAUGCCCAUCACCACCGACAGUGGUUGCUCCAACUGUGGCGCAACCUAAGCUGAUGGUGCCACCUCCUCCUGUCGCUAUAGCGACUCCUCAUUUAUAUAAUCCUCCACCAGUUCCGCAAGGGCCGCCUGUUGCAUAUCCAACGGUAGACUAUGGAGUUCCACCACCUCCGGUCAAUGGUUACCCAACUAUGCCCUCGGUUGUUCCUCCUGUGCCUCCUCCUCCAGCUACUCAGCGCGGUUUCGGGGGCUUUGCUGCACCCGGUGUUCCAGCGCCUGUAGCUCCGCCACCUAGUCAAUUUGCUGCUAUGCCUCCACCACCACCACCAGCAGCUCGUCCGCAGCCUGCUGCACCGAAAGGAGAACGAACUUUUGAAGAAAAGAUGGAAAGAAUUUUGGAGAGGACAAAAGCAAAACAGGAAGCAAAGUUGGCGAUGCCAGUAACCUUUGGUGCAACUGACCCACUUUGGGCACCUAAGGAUCCUUCUGCGGAGGAUGACCGCUCUGACGAUCCUUUGGCGCUCACGGCUAAAGCAAAUCAGGAUGUGCAAAGUAUGGCAUUGGCACUAAUUGGAGACAAUACGUUAGCACUGAAAGGACAAAAGAACGCCGCUCAGGGCGAUUCAGCAGAACCACAGAAAAAGAAGAAGCGGGUUGUCGAAGCAAAAAAGAUUCAACCAAAG